UCAUAUUGUCCUAACUUAACGAAAGGUCAACACAACAAAAGUAAUUUCAAAACACUAAAAUAUGGCUACCAGAAUUCCUCCAUCUGCUGGUUCUUCUUAUAUGCAAGCGCAUGGCUAUCAGCCCGCUGCUGCACGAUACAUGCAGGGCCACCCAAGCGUGGCCCGUCAUGGGACCCAUAGCUCAAGAUCUAGUGGUCAUCAGGGUCGAUCCGCCACUGAACUCAACAAGAAGAGGCUAGCUGAAGCUAAACUGAAGGCUGCCCAUGCGCAGAAAAUGAAGAAAAGGCGAAAUGGAGAUCGGGUUUUGUCUCAACGAAUACGAAACCUAGUACCCGAGUCCCAAGCGUACAUGGACCUGCUGACGUUUGAGCACAAAUUGGAUGCAACCAUUACGAGGAAGAGACUUGAGAUUCAAGAGGCCAUUCGAAGACCAAUGAAGCAGAAACGAAAACUCAGGGUCUUCAUAUCCCACCAAUUUGUCCCUGGAGAAGCUGAGGUGGUACCCAAAUGGGAGCUGAAAGUAGAAGGAAGGCUUUUGGACAAGAGUGGGACUGUGGCUGAUGAGCUUACGAAGAUGAAGUUGACAUCAUUCUUCAAGACGGUGAUCAUUGAACUGGACAAGGAGGCUUAUGGUCCCGACAACCACGUCACUGAGUGGCACAGAGGCAAUCCUGAGGAAGAAUGUGAUGGCUUCUCUAUCUCAAGACCUGGAGAAGAGACGGUGAAGUGUACCAUCCUGCUCCUACUCAACCAUCAACCUGUACAGUACAAGCUGACCAGUAAGCUUGCACGUCUACUAGGCAUACACACUGCCAAGCGACCUGAUAUCAUCAAUGCUGUGUGGCAGUACAUUAAGAGUAACAAGCUCCAAGAUCCACAAGAGAGAGAGUACAUCAACAAUGACAAGUAUUUCCAGCAGAUCUUUGAGGUUCCUCGAAUGAAGUUCACUGAGAUUCCUCGAAGGGUACAGCCGCUAUUAGCUCCUCCUGACCCCAUUGUCAUCCAUCACCUCAUAAAUGCUGAUGCCCCUGAAGGUCGACGUACAGCUUGCUACGAUAUAGAAGUGGAAAUUGAUGAUCCAUUGAAGGGGUCGAUGCAGUCCUUCCUGAUGUCCAGCACUAACCAGCAGGAGAUUGCAGUCUUGGACAACAAAAUUCAUGACACAGUGGAGCAAGUGAACGCUAUCAAACUUCAGCGAGAGUUCUACCUCGGUUUUGCGGACAACCCACAGAAGUUUAUCAAUGAUUGGCUGGCCUCACAGAGCAGAGACCUCAAGGCAAUGAAGAACAAGAUGGGGAACCCCGAGGCUGAGAGAAAGGCAUCCCACUUUGAGAAGUCGUGGUGUCAGGAGACAGUGCCCAGAUACUUCUAUUCCAAAGUGAAUCAGAGGAAGAGUGAGCUGGAGCAAGCACUUGGUAUUCGUCAUCCCUAAACUGGACACUUUGAACCACUAAACAUGCUAGUUAUUAUCUUGUUGUAUGCUUAUACAUUCAAUGUUUGGCCAUAAUUAAUGUUGUCAAAAUAAUUAUCAUUGUGAACUGA